AUGCGGAAUCCUCUCAUCAGACUAGAAUGCGGCGUGAACAGCUACGACUGGGGCAAAAUUGGCAAAACAUCCGCCGCUGCUAAGUUUGCUGCUGCAACGGCUUCUGGAUUCUCAAUCCAAGAGGAGAAGCCUUAUGCUGAGCUAUGGAUGGGUACUCACCCCUCUCUUCCCUCCAAGGACCUCGAGACACAACGAACACUUCUCGAUCUCGUCCAGGACAACCAAGCCCUACUCUCCGCAGACAUUGCUGAGCGCUACGAGAACAAGCUUCCCUUCCUGUUCAAGGUGCUGUCCAUCAACAAGGCUUUGAGCAUACAGGCGCAUCCCAACAAGAAGCUUGCGGAACAGCUGCACGCGAAAGACCCCAAGAAUUAUCCAGAUGACAACCACAAACCUGAAAUGACCAUUGCGGUGACGCCCUUCGAUGGCCUCUGCGGUUUCCGACCCCUCGCCGAAAUCACCCACUUUCUCAAGACUAUCCCUUCACUACGCAAACUCGUUGGCGAGGAGGAAGCGAAGAAGUUCGAGGACACCAUCAAAGGCAAAGAGACAUCAGAAAAAGAUGAAGACGUUCAGGCCAACAAAAAGGCUCUACAGUCCGCAUUUACUAAAGUCAUGAACACAGACAAGGAUGCGCUCGCCUCAGCAUCUAAGGAGCUCAUCAAAGCUGCGGAAUCAGAGGGCGCACAGUUCGCUGGUGAAGGCGGCCCUUCAAAUGACGGAAAAGAGCUCGCCGACCUCGUCAUCCGCCUGAACUCUCAGUUCCCCGAGGACAUUGGCCUAUUCGUUCAAUUCUUCCUCAACUACGUCAAGCUCGAAAUCGGCGAGGCCAUGUUCCUCAAGGCCGACGACAUCCAUGCAUAUCUCUCCGGUGACAUUAUCGAGUGCAUGGCAUCUUCCGACAACGUGGUGCGCGCGGGCUUCACUCCAAAGUUCAAGGAUGUGGAUACAUUGACGACCAUGUUGACGUAUAGCUAUGCGCCGAUCAGCGAGCAGAAGAUGGACCCCACAGACUACCCUUAUGUUACAUUGAAUGCGCCAGCGUACAGUUCGAACUCGGGCAGUCUUUUGUACAACCCGCCAAUUCCUGAGUUCGCCGUUGUCCGGACAGCGCUCAACAGGACGGGCGCAAAGGCGACGUUCGAUCCCAUCGAGGGUCCGAGUAUCAUCCUGUGUACCAAGGGUAAGGGCACGAUUAGCGUUGGUAACAAGGAAGAAGCGAUUGAGGAGGGCUAUGUCUUCUUCGUUGGUGCUACGGCGGAGGUUGUGAUCAAGAGUGACAUCGAUGCCGAGGAUGGAGAGGGUCUAGUGACCUUCAAGGCCUUUUGCGAGAUCCAGGAUGAGAAGGAGAAGCUAUAA